AUGUCCAAUGAAAUGGAAGUCGACCCGCCUGUCGCCCAAGACGAUGCCCCCGCGCAGUCGGGGCGCGGCUUCGAGCCACAAACCCACUCCGGCGCUGUCGCCGUGCGCAGUAUUGAGGGGUGGAUUGUGAUCGUUUCCAACAUUCACGAGGAAGCAUCAGAGGAGGAUGUUACCGAUCUCUUUGCGGAAUAUGGCGAGAUCAAGAACUUCAGCUUGAAUUUGGACCGCCGGACAGGUUAUGUCAAGGGAUACGCAUUGAUUGAAUACUCCACCCUUCCCGAGGCGAGCGAAGCCAUCAAGAACCUGGAUGGCACCAAGUUAUUGGAUCAGACAAUCAAUGUGGACUACGCCUUCGUCCGCCCUCCCCCAUCCGGCAAGGGCAAGGGUGGUGGUCAGAAGGGUGGCCGUGGCCGGGGUCGCAGCCAAAGCCCUGGUCGGAGCCGCAGCCCUGGAGGUGACAGAGACUAA